AUAAGAAAUCAAAGAGGCGAGUAGAGACCUCAAAACGGUGUCGUUUCGUUAUUAUCUUCUUCUUCUUACACACUCUCGCCUCCGGACGACGGAGACAGUCAGAUACUAAAAAAAUUAGGGUUUCAGAUUUCCCCCCCCCCUUCAAUUCGAGCCAGUUGAUUGCCGCCGCCACCUCUUCUUCCCAUCAAAAGAUAACAAUAAUGGAAUUCUAACUUCUAAUGGCGUACUAAAUCAACUGCGAAUCGUGUUUUGUGACAUGGUUACUGUUUCUAGGCUGUUGAACCUCACUCUUGUUGUUGUUCCCGAGCUUGACAAAACAUCAUCUUUCUUGGCUGAUUCAAGGUUUUGUGUACUGUCACCAUCUCUUAGACCACUCCUAAGAGAAGAGAAGGUUUAUUUUGGCUGUGGACAUGGGGGCUCUUGCUCAGGUAGUUCCGUGGAUACCAGAAGACGACCUUCUUCUAAAGAAUGCCAUUGAGGCCGGUGCUUCUUUGGAAUCGCUUGCUAAAGGUGCUGUGCAGUUUUCUAGAAGAUUUUCUAUCAGAGAACUGCAAGAUAGAUGGCAUGCAUUGCUUUAUGAUCCAGUUGUUUCUGCAGAGGCGGCUUUUCGGAUGACUGAGCUUGAACGUACUAACCCUAAUUUUCCUACAAAGUUCGGUAGAAGUGGGUAUUCAAAAGAAAACAAAAGUUCGUCUAGGAAGAGAAAUGCUGAAAGGCUCAGACAUACUUAUCAUUCCUUACGGAAGAAGUUUCGAACUGAGCCAUUCAAUUCCUUGGAUCUAGGUUUUCUCGUUCCACCAAAUGAUAGCCAUUUCAUGGAUAAUGGUGAUGCAACACAUCUUGGUCUUGAAGACUCUCACAUGGAUAUCAUCCACAACGCGUUUCCAGAAAUCUUGGCUGAAGGCGGUUGCGUGACAACUCAUGUUGUGUCGGAAGAUCAUUUACAGGGAGACAUUCCUUAUGUGGGAGGAGGAGAAAAUCUCACAUUUACUGAACAUGCAGGCCCUUCAGGAUGUGAUGCGGUGUAUCAAGAUUCCAAGCAGAAACUGGAGAAUACUACUGCUCUUGAGAUGAAAACCACAACGGCUAGCACUGAUUUCCUGACACAGCUUUCAACUUCUCUUUUUGAAGAAGACCCUGAAUCGUUCAUGGAAGUAGAUGGCAAAGAAGUUGACAAGUCAUAUUAUGAUGGUCUUAGCUCACUGUUGGUGAACUCGACAAAUGAUGCAAAUUGCGAGGCUUUGCCUAACUCCACCGAGCAAGAACCUUUGACCGCACCAACCAAUUCAGGAGGUGCAACUCUGGAUGAUCAUGUGAUGCUUGAGCUAGAUGGUACAACUGAAAUGAGCUUAGAGGAAUGCAAAACUGUGUCUGACUCUGUAGAUCCUCAUCCUGAGAUUGUUGAGGGUGUAAUCUGCUGUUUAUUAAACCAAGAGGAUAUUGAGGUUCCGUGUAAUGAUGACAUUUUCGUAUCCAACAACUCUCAUCCAAUGUCAGUUUCUUCGUUAGCCAGGCGGAACUUUAAAGAUACCAAUAAUCCAAUAACUACAUGUGUCAGAGACAUUUCCGCCAGUAAGGAAAAAAGUGAAGGACAUUCACUCCAGACCCAAAAGAAAAACUCAGGACGUUCGCAGGGGUCUACUCAAGGAAAGCCAUUGAAGGGCCAAUCAAGUCAAGGUAGCAAAACCAGGGCAUCGACUAGUACUGAGUUACAGAAUACUGUUGCUCCUGGUGGUUCUACUUGUGUAGCUUCUGCACAGGCAGGCUCUACUACUCUGCUUUCAGCUGGUACCGGUGCAAUAGAUGAAAAGAAAGAAAUUGCUGGUGGAACACUCUUUGUUGGAUUUGAUAGUCAUGAGAGCUACCCGGACAAGGAUACUGAAAACUGUAUAGAGGAAAAAGAUGUACCACCUAUUAUUGAAGCGUCACAUGCUAAAGAAACUGAUGGUGGCUUGUUAGAGAUUCCAGACCCUGUGCUGGAGAUUACUCCACCAGAAGCAGACACGCAUGUUUGUGAGAGUGAUGAGGACUUACCGAAUUAUUCUGACAUUGAGGCUAUGAUACUUGACAUGGACUUGGAACCUGAGGACCAAGAUAAUUUUGAUCUCGAAGUUUCCAAGUAUCAGAGCCAAGACAUGAAAAGAACAAUCAUAAGGCUUGAGCAGGCUGCUUACUCAUAUAUGCAAAGAGCCAUUGCUUCCCGUGGUGCAUUCGCUGUUUUAUAUGGUAGAUAUUCAAAACACUACAUCAAGAAGCCUGAGGUUUUGGUGGGUAGAUCUACAGAAGACCUCGCGGUGGACAUUGAUUUGGGAAGAGAAAAGCGGGGUAGCAAAAUAUCUCGACGACAGGCGAUCAUACGGCUGGGUGAUGACGGGUCGUUUCAUAUGAAGAAUCUGGGGAAGUAUCCAAUUUCAGUAAACGAGAAGGAAGUAGAUCCUGGACAGAGUUUAAUCCUCAAAUCUGAUUGUCUAGUGGAGAUAAGGGGGAUGCCUUUCAUAUUUGAAACAAACCAAAGUCGCAUGAAAGAGUACCUGACGAGAACAGGGAAACUGAACUGAGAUCAGAACAAGAGUGCGUGUGUUGGUUGUGUAGAUGAUUGAUGUAUCUCGUGUAAUGUACUUUUAACCAAUAAACAUAGGGACAUGUCUUGUAGAUCUUUUAUUUACAUCUUUGGUUCCGCAUUAUGCAUAGUUGACCCAGUUUUCAAAGCGCUGAAAUGAAAAUACAAGUCUAUUGUAACUGAACUACUUGUACUUUAAGCGAAGAAUGAUUGUUCUCGU